AUGGCGCCCAAGAAGCGGACCCUCGAGGUGCCGACGGUCACUCCAGAGGAGCUCGAGAAGGCGAAGGCACUGCUGAGGGACGCCGACGAGGCGAAGCGGGCUCGCUCGUCAAUGACGUAUUUUCUCGAGUCGCAGGGGCAGAAGCGCAAGUACGACGGGUGGCCCGUUGCCAAACGCAGGGAGUUCUUCCAGGCUUUCUUCGCGGAUAAGCUCGCGAAGGGAGGUACUUCGAAGACCACCAAGUCGAGCAUCCUGAGUACGAAGAACAAGAACACGACUGUGUGGUGGAGCCUUUCGAAGAUGAUCGCAGAGUUCGGCGAGCAGAAGGCCAAGGAGAAGGCCGAGUUGUUCGACAAGGAUGAGAAGAUGCAUCGCCCCGACAAGGAUACAGGCAAGGACGGGCAAUGGAGCAGGGAGUACCGCAUCGUCCUGGACAGCCACGAAGAGGGCGACGAGGAGCUAGACAUUCAGGAGGUCAACGCCGAGGAGAGCCUCGACACCGUGGAGACGCAGAAGGAGGCGGUGGACACCCUCAGGGACAUGCAGUCGUGCAAUGGCGCGGGCUCGUCGGCUUCUGGCACUGACGCCCCGCUGGCGAAAGUGAAGGAGGAGCCCGCGGAGAAGCCUGAAGCGAAGCCCGAGGAGAGCGCAACCUUCAAGGCCCUGCAGACCGAGGGGAGGAAGGUCGUGUGGAACGUCGGGAAGGCGCUGACCCAGGCAAAGCAUAUGUUCCUGGCGACCAAGGGCGGGAAGUUUGUCGGCGAGCUCAACAAGGAGAUCGGCCUGAACGUCAAGCAGCUCACGGAGGUCUUCAAGCUGGCCGAGGACAGCGUGUUGGAGGAUAGAGAGAAAGCAGAACUCUUGGCGGUGAGCGUGAAGAUCGACGAAGCCUUCGAUGCACUGAACGAGAACGUCGAGUGGUUCAACAAGUUUUUUGCAAAGGAGGGCCAGCAGAGGAAGGCGCCUCGAGGAAUUCGACACCGCCUCGCGCCCGAGCGGCGCGACGCCGCGGCCAGCGGAGCUGCGCAGGCCGUGCACGGGGGCAUCAAGCGCCGCAUGGAUACCGCAGAACACGACGAGAUCGAAGAGACGCCGUUCAACGACCUCUUGCGGAGGAGAUGGGCCAAGGGAACCCUCAGCAGCCCCGACGUCAUCCAGUUCGCGAAGGCCGCAGCCGCUCAGGGAGCGCAGCAUGUCGGCGCCUACGCUGGCCGCUCCAACCUGCAGGCCAAGCACGCGUUCAGAGAAGUAUGCCGUGCCAUUGGCACGCCAAUUGGAGCUCCGAGGAUAAGCUGGGUUGAGUUGAAGAGCAGCAACGGCGACGUGACUUUCCACCCGUUCGUCGACCCGAUCGACACUCUGGAGGCAUGGCACGCGAAGGGGCCCCUGGUGUUCGCACAGCGCCUCGCUGGCGAAGACGGCGAGACCGCCAAGUUCUGGCAUGGCCUUCGGGACCACGUGACCUACAAGUCCAACGCUUCGCGCAUCUCGUCCACCACGAUACCUUUGGGUUUCCACGGGGAUGGCGCCCCGACGACAAAAUCAGAAGGUCUGUUCACGCUGCAGUUCAACGGUUUGCUGGGCCAUGGCAGCACGGUUUCUACGAGAGACGUCAUUACUGUGUUCAAGAAAUCUGAGCUCGACGUAGACAUGUUUGAACAGCUGGUGGACCGACUUGCAUGGAGUUUCAACGCGUUGCUCACUGGGGUGAUGCCAGAUGUUCAACACAAUGGCUUGCCACACCCCGAAGCUGGUAGAAAACUGUGCAGUGGGCGAACGUUCGCCGCAAUUCAAAUGCGAGGCGAUUGGGAAUACUAUGCUGACUUCUUGUAUCUCAACAGGUGGAACAACGCAGAGUGCUGUUACUUGUGCGGCGCUACCCUCGGCGACGGCAGCAUGUGCUACACUCGCGCUGAUAUGGCCGCUGGUUGGAGAGCCACAAUGGCCACGCACAACAGCCACCUCCUGAGAUGCGUGCGCGGCGAUGUGAGACUCAGCAGCUUCUUCAAAAUCAAGUCAUUCAGAUUUGAAGGCAUCAUGGUGGACGUUCUUCACUCGCUGGACCUCGGCGUGGCGUGCCAUCUCAUAGCAAACGUGUUCGUGGAGAUACUGCAGCUUGGGCAGUGGGGGGCUAGCAGGGAGUCCCAGAUGAAGGGGCUCCAGGCCGACAUCGCGCACUGGUACAAGGCCCACGUGGACGCGCACAAGCUGCAGGGCAAGCUGAUCUUCACCAGGCUUCGCACCCAGGCCGAGUGGCCGAAGCUGAAGGCCCCGUGGUAG